GAUUUUAUCACCAUUUACCCAGAAGUGCAUAAAAUAAAUGGUGGCUUCACUUGUCAAUGCUACAUGGAAAACGGAAUUUAAAGUCACAGAUCAAUUUAACUGCAACACUUUCAUUUUUAAUGUUUGCUUUCUUUUCUUCCUUUGUAGUGAAAGGAGGUAUACUAGAUGACUAUUUAAGAACAGAUGGUGUUUGGAUACUUACUCGAAAUAAGCAGUCUUAUACAACAAAUAGUGAAAGAGAAUGUGCAGAGAAAUGUGAAGAUGAAAGAAGUUUUAAUUGCAGAGCCUUCCUAUUCACGAGAAUAAAGCAACAGUGUUUAACAUUGGCUGAAAACAGCAAAACAACAUUGAUGUUCAACAGCACAGAUGCAGUUCUUUAUGAGAAGAAAAUUUACCUCCUACAAUGUAAAAGAGGAAAUGGGAAAGACUACAGAGGAACAGAAGCCAAAACUCAGAGGGGUAUUCCAUGCCAGAAGUGGGCUGACAAAGUACCUCACAGACCAAAUUUUACACCUCGAAAACACCCCCAUGCAGGAUUGGAGGAAAACUACUGUAGAAAUCCUGAUAUGGAUGAAAAUGGACCUUGGUGUUAUACAACAGACCCCACUAUCAGAUUUGAUUACUGCAAUAUCCCAGAGUGUGAAAGUCAGGACAAGCACAGCGGAGAAGGGGAGUGCAUGCAGUGUAAUGGUGAAGACUACCAUGGAAAAGUGUCCAGAACAGAGUCUGGGUUUCAUUGCCAACACUGGGAUACCCAAGAGCCACAUAUGCAUGGAUUUCUUCCUGAAAAUUUUCCAGAGAAGGAUCUGAAGAUGAAUUUUUGUCGUAAUCCUGAUGGUGACCUUCGUCCCUGGUGCUUCACUACCAGCCCCACUAAACGCUGGGAACACUGUGACAUUCCUCGCUGCACUACACGCCCUCCAGUUUCUGGAUCCAGUUCCCAGUGUCUUUCAGGUAAUGGAGAAGACUAUCGGGGUAGAAUAGCUGUCACUGAAUCGGGAAGCACCUGCCAACACUGGAACACACAGUUUCCUCACAGGCAUGGCUGGAUUCCUGACAGUUAUCCCUGCAAGGGCUUAGAAGAAAACUAUUGUAGAAACCCAGAUGGAGAGAAAAGGCCUUGGUGCUACACUAUCAACAGAGCUGUUCGGUGGGAAUAUUGUGCAAUUCCUCACUGUGAUGGGAUAGAACAACAGUCGGCUGGCACUGAUGUGCUCGAACACAGUCCUGUCUCAGAGGAGUGCUAUCGAGGCAAAGGCCUGAGUUAUCGUGGCACAGCUUCCUUCACUGUGUCCGGAAAGCAAUGCCAAGCCUGGAGCUCCAUGUUCCCUCACAGACAUGAAAAAACCCCAGACAAAUUCCCAAACGCGGAUUUGAGGAAGAACUAUUGUAGAAAUCCAGAUGCCGAUGAACACCCAUGGUGUUUCACCACUGACCCCAGAGUGUUAUGGGAGUACUGCAGUCUGAAGAGGUGUGAUGAUCAGAGACAAGAGCGGGCACCAAACCCCCUUCCUACAAUGACAGCACAAAGCGUUGACCCAACUAUCCCCGCCACACCUGAAUGUAUUAACGGUAAUGGUAAAGAUUACCGUGGCACAAUAGCAAAAACUGGAAAGGGCAGGACUUGCCAAGCAUGGAGCUCUCAGACACCUCAUAGCCACAACUAUUUCACUCCUGUGACUCAUCCAAGAGCAGGCCUGGAUAAAAAUUAUUGCAGGAAUCCUGAUGGAGAUGUAAAUGGUCUUUGGUGCUUCACAACAGACCCAGAAAAAAAAUGGGAGUACUGUGAAAUCCCACGCUGCUCUUCUUCUCAGCCUGGCUGUGGAAAAUUCCCAUGGAGAAGAGAGCGGACCUGUAAGCCAUACAGCACGUGCUAUGCUUCUCCAGGGUCUUGGCCUUGGCACGUCAGCCUCAGGAUGAGUACCAAUGAGCACCACUGUGCGGGUACUCUGAUACAUCCACAGUGGGUUCUUACUGCAGCUCAGUGCUUGCAACAGUCAUCAGAGGCCUCUUCCUACAGGGUCUUUCUGGGGCUACAGAACCUGAAGGUGGCAGAACCAUCUUUGCAAAUUCGUAGCAUUCAGAAAUUAUUCAAGGAACCCAGAGGAGCAGACAUUGCCUUGCUGAAGAUGAGCAGUCCUGUAAUGCUUACUGACCAUGUGAAACCUGUUUGUUUGCCCGAAACAAGUCUGGUGGCAGAAAGAAACAGAGUAUGUUUUCUAACUGCCUGGGAAAAACCAAGAGGUACCGAUGGAGACGGUAGAUUAAAGUACAUCGAAUUACCCGUGCUUGAAAAUAAAGCAUGCAAUCGCCCCGAAGUUCUGAAUGGAAGGGUCAAAAAUCAUGAAUUUUGUGGUGGUCAUACUUUUGGAAGCAUAGAUCUCUGUGAGGCUGAUGUUGGAGGACCUCUGGUUUGCCAAGAUGAAGACAGAUUUGUUCAAUAUGGAGUCACCUCAUGGGUACUAGACUGUGCCCAGCCAUCAAAGCCUGCUGUUUUUGUCCAUAUUCCUAGUUUUGUUUCUUGGAUCAAGAAUGUAAUGGUUGCCCACUGAAUCUUUAUGCAAGCUGGCUUUACUGAAAAAGCAUUCUCUGUGCUGAAGAAACAGCGUUCCAAGUAUAGUUUUAAAAUUGAGAUAAUUGAUAAGAACCUUAAAUAAAUAUCAUUACUGGCA